AUGUCUAGUCCAGUUAGACAGUUGCAAAACCGUCGCCUACCCCCUCUCCCGGGGGCAGGGACUGUCAGACACAAUAGUGCCAAUAGUGAAUCACGUAUCAGGACAGAUUCACGGUUAUCUGUGUCAAAAUCCAAGGUGCAGGGUUCUGUUCACAGUCAUCUUACCAGUCCUAUGAGUUUUAAUUCAGAUAUCUCUCCGGAUCUGGUAUUCCAGUUUCUUCAAGACAAUCCGGAGUUUCUCGACAACUAUGUCGUCAAUAACGUCGAGGAAACUCGUGUCCAAGAAUGGUCACUACGCAAAACAAAGUCACCGCGCCCUCAACGACAGACAUGGCACCUCACCAAUGGUGACAAUAGAGAACACUUCCGGGACCCACAACUCUCCCAACAGAGCAAAAGUAGAUGGACGACAACGGUGCAAUCAAACAAAUGGAAGGUGCUACACAAGCUUACAAAAGAUUUCAACCUACACACAAGCCGCUCAGAGAUCCUAACCGAACUUUCCACAUGUGCUAAGAAUUGUGUUAAUGCCGACGGCUUCAACUUAUACCUAACAGAUGAACAGAAGCAGUUACGAUAUCACACCUCGUAUCCUUCAGGGUAAACGCAACGUUCCUCGUCUUUUGUUGGAAGGACAAACACCGGCUUGUCACUUCCUGACUUUGUUGCUUUGACACGGGAAACGAUCCGAUUAACAGAGUUACAACAGGACCCUAGGUAUCCAAAGGGACUUGGAGUGAGGACAGACAACGCCCAAUCUGUGAUAGUAGUGCCCAUUCUGGACGGCAAGGACGGAAUCAUGGGAGUCAUAGAAAUGUUUAGAUAUUACGGAAAUAUACCAUUUAGCUCAGAAGAUGAAGAGGUCGCAGCCUCCUUAUUAGUAUGGGCAGAUAUGUUUGUGGAGUAUGUUGAGCUGUAUAACAGUAUGACCAAACAGCGGAAACUAAAUGACUUCUUGCUGGCAGUUACAAAGUCAAUAUUCCAAGAUAUUGUCAGUAUGGACACUGUUAUAAUGAAAAUAAUGAAUUACGCAAAAAAGCUCGGAAACGCCGACAGGGCAUCACUGUUCUUACUGGACUCCAACACAAACGAAUUAUACGCAAGAAUAUUUGACACUGGAAAGGCAGACGAGAAAGUUCCACAAAAAGAAAUCAGGUUUCCAAUGGAUAAAGGUGUGGCUGGUUUUGUUGCAACCACGGGAAGUAUAUUGAAUAUUUCGGACGCAUACAAUGACUCCAGAUUUAACAGGGAUGUCGACCAGCAGACUGGAUAUCGUACUAGCAGUAUCCUGUGCAUGCCUAUAUAUAUACGGGGCAGCAUCAUUGGUGUAGUACAGAUGGUGAACAAGAUGGAUGGGAUUUUCAACAGGGCGGACGAAGAAUCGUUUGAAACCUUUGCCAUCUACUGUGGGCUAGCUCUACAUCAUGCUAAGUUGUACGAUAAGAUCCGCCGAUCUGAGCAGAAGUUCAAGGUGGCCUUAGAUGUGUUGUCCUAUCACAGUCAGGGAAGUGAUGAGGAGUAUGCCGCUGUCAAAGCUAUCCCGAUCCCGAGGGAACUUCCCGAGAUUGUGGAUUACGAUUUCUCUCCAUGGUCUGUCACCAAUGACCACAAGCCCGUAUAUGUUCUAUACAUGAUCAAGGAUAUUUUUGAAGGCACACGUGGAGGAGAAAAUGAGAAAAGUUACGACAUCAACGAUAUUGUGCGGUUUACGUUGACCGUGCGCAAGAACUACCGCAACGUCCCCUAUCACAACUGGGCCCACGCCUUCUCGGUAGCCCAUGCCAUGUUCACGGUGCUCAAAACAGCCAAACAUGAGUUCUCUCCCUUUGAGAGUCUUGCACUGUUUGUGGCGUGCCUUUGUCAUGACCUCGACCACAGAGGAAAGACGAACGCCUUCAUGGUGAAGAGCGCAUCUCCACUGGCAUCUAUCUACUCUACCUCGACGAUGGAACACCACCACUUCAAUCAUACGAUAACUAUACUACAGAAUGAAGGUCACAACAUUUUUAAACACUUGACUUCUGAAGAAUACAAACACAUGCUUGGUGAUAUCCGUCAUUGUAUCCUAGCGACGGAUCUAGCGUUGUUCUUUACCAACCGUGCCCGCCUACAGGAAAUAGCAGACCGGAACGAAUUUAAGUGGGAUAACAGAGAGCACAGACGACUCCUCAUGGCCAACUGCAUGACAGCCUGUGAUCUGUGUUCUAUGUACAAACCCUGGGACAUCCAACUCGACCUUGUCUACGUCAUAAUGGAGGAGUUUUGGCAGCAGGGCGAUGAGGAGAGAUCCCAGGGGAUGACCCCCAUGCCGAUGAUGGACAGACAGAAACAACAUGAGUUGCCUCACUUAGAGGUCGGGUUUUUAGUUGGUAUUUGCCUUCCCUGCUAUGAAUUAAUGGGCAAGAUUCUGCCGGAGACAAUGCCGAUGGCGAAUGGUGCAAAAGACAAUUUAAGAAGGUGGAAAGAACUUGCAGAGCAACAGAAACCUGAAAAUCAAUUGAAAGAGGAAAGUUCUUCACAAUCUCAGGAGAAAGAAAAGUGUCGGACUCGUCUGAAAAAGAUGUUGAUGAGAAAGACGAGGAGGAGUCUAGUGUGACGAAUUCAAGGAAUAGCAGAACAGAUUCGACAAAAGAUGAUUCUGAAAGUGACUCAAAAACAAAUAUAGCAACAUUGGAUAACUUAAAGGAUUCUAUUGAAACGGAAAAAGAUUUUAAA